AUGCCCACCGAUACGAUUUGCUACAACGUCGCGAUCGACACGCCCCGCCACAACUUUGUACCGCCCUACGACCUCCUCGAUCCAAAUAUAGAACCUCUCUACAACCAUUUAACGCCACCUGCGUCGGAAUCAAUGCGCCUUGCUCGAAAGCGGCCGCAUGAUGAUGUGUUUCCCGUAUCGGAAGUGACUACCUGCGAUGAACCUAUUCCAUCCGCCAAGCGCCCCAGGUUAAGCCGCUCAGAGGGCAGCCCAAGCAUCGCUACUGAUUCUGUGAUGCGGGUUUUACAGCUGGGCGAAAUGCAAAUGCCCAUCUCAAAUCAGAUAGUACCGUUGUCGAACGUAGCAUCCACCGCCACUGCUUUUGUGUCAGCCGAAGAGCGAUCCCCCAGCCGAGAACUCAGCGAUGAACAGGAUUCGAUUAGAAAAGAGAAGCCGGACGCCUCUAGAAUAACCGAUGCUGUGUUUGCGAUCCCCAAAGACGGGAACAAGGUCAUGGCAUUUUUACCCACUCAUCGCCUUAUGCAGCUUUCGAUGAAUUGUGCAAUGCUUCAGCGCGACUACAAAGAAGUUGAAAAAGACGCAAACGUGAACCUCGCAAAGCUCGAAAAGAUAAUCUGCGACCACCAAGCCCUUGUUCAUAGUCGCAAGGCAAAGAUAGCUGAACUUGAGCGUCUCCUGGUCGUUCCGGGACAGGGACAGAAGGCCACUAUGAUUGCAGAAGAGGAAGAAUUGCGAAAGGAGUGGCACAUCCAGCUGGAGGGUCUCUCCGCCAGUUACAAUGAUUUGUUCACCAAAGCGGGCAUUCUGCCAAACGAUGAUGAUUACGACAGCGACGACGAUUCAAUCCUUGAGAAUCAACUGGAGCCAGCAAUUAGUAAUGAAAAGGAGAUGCCAUUCGAAUCGAUUUCCGAUGAUGCAUCCCCAAACAUGCGCAUCGAUUCACUGGUGGCCGACAAGCCAAAAUGUGACAAUCGAGUGGCAAACAUAUUGGCGGAAGGCCAUGUUGAUGUUCUAAGCACAACCGACGAUAACAACAAUGUCUCCAAGCUACUCAGUGAAGCUCAACUUCAAUAUCGAACUUAUCUGGCGAAAUUAGCGCUGCAAGACGCCCGGCAAGCCCACGACGUUCAUCGAACCCGCUAUAAUCAGUUCUUCGCUCAAUACGGUGCAAAGCACCCUGGACAAACCGUUGACGAACUCGCAACAUCAUUUGGCCCAAUCUUCUUGCGACGCGGCCAACAGCUUACAGGACCUUUGCGCGUCGCAGAGGAUGCGUUAGCGGAGUUGGAGAAGUCUGCUAUAGAUCGUGGCUUCUACACGGUGACAGCAGAUCAAGUCGAUCCAGCUGUGAACCCCUACUUGGACGAUGAAGAGCUUGCUGCUAUCUGUGCUGGUCGCAACUACGAUCAUAUCUGGAAUUGGCUGGACGUAGAGGGGGGAAUGGAUCCCCCUGAGCCAUGUCCAAGUGAAGCGCCUCAAACCCAGUCAACAUACUCUUGCGUAGGUCAAGACAACGUAGUGUGCCAACGAUCUGGCCCCGGUGCUUCUACGGGAUCAAGUUCCGAGAACACAGGUCCAGAUGUCGCGUUGGUAUGCAGUGAGAGCGGUGCGGCUUCAAGGGUUGGGAAGCGCAAGUUCAAAGAGGAGAUCGAGGUAUGCGAUAGCUUCAGUGUUAUUGCUGAGGGUGAUAAGAGGCAGAAGAUUGACGCAUGGAGAUUGGAAUCUUAUCGUCGGCGGCCUACGAUACUUUGA